UGAGCACGCUCGCUGCUCUCCCCCGCCCACCCGCGCGACAGUUGUAGCUGCGGCUGGACGCGCGGGCACGUCCGCGCCGCCGAGAUGCCUGCGGCCCGGCCCCCUCUCCGCCGAGCGCAAUGAGCUGCCCUAACGGCCCUCCCCGCCCCGAAGAGGCCGGCAGCCUGGCGAUGGUGCUGAGCGCGCUGGGUCCCGGAGCCGCGCGGGUCCUGUUCUACCCGACCUUGCUGUACACGCUGGUGCGGGAGUGGCUGCCCGGCUCGCAGCGGCCCUGGUUCAGCCGCGUCGACCGCUCCGUGCUGCUGGGGGCGCUGCCUCUGCGGGGACGCAGCCGCCAGGUAACGGGAGGGCCGGGCCGGGCGGAGCAGGCGUCUCGCCCGCGGGUGCUCUUUCAGCUGCCGGGCGGGAGCUGCGGCUCAGCGCCAGGCGCCGUUUCCUCGCUUUCUCCCCAAGGCUGGCUCCGCGGGUCACUCGGCUGGGGAGCAGCGAGGUACCUCGGAAUAGCUCCCACGGCGCACGAGGUUUCUGCUUCUUUAGCUGCGUCCUUCCCUUUAGAAACUCAGGCUGGAGCCCUGCGCCCGCUGCUAUGUUCAACUCGGCGCAGGCUUACUCCCGAGUAGGCACGUGCAGCGUUGCGCUGGACACGCUCGGUAGAUUCUGUGGCUUUACCUCUUUGAUUUCUGCUGUUGAAAGAUACAAAGGUAUCUGCCAGCAAAAGUGAUCAAGACCCCAUCAACAAGAGGGUAGCCUGUGUAGGAUUGUCAACAUGGAAGGAGAUGGAGGCUGAAAUCUGCCAGAAGCUCAAGGUUUGCAAGCCCAUCCUGAUUCGAACCCAGCAAACAGCUGGGGCUAUUCUUUAGGGGCCACACAAGCUACAAGGUAUCCUGGCUUCUGUUGUUUCAUGUGAAGGGCUGAGUAGUGAGCCCUGGAAAAGUUCCUGAGCAAGCCUUUCUCUAGCUUUGGUUCAACUCAAGCGCGGGCAGCUGCCCCUCUUGGGUCCAAGGCCCACUGCAGUGGAGCACUGAGCAGAAGGAAUAAAUUAUCCCUUGCCACUAAUGGUAUAAAUCAAUUUGUAACCUGCAAGGGUAGAUUUAUAAAUCAGGUUUAUAGACUGUUCUGUGGUGGUUCUGCUCAAGCUUGCAUGAUGGAUCUCAGAGAAUAGCAUUGAGGGACUUCGCUGGUGAAGAGCACCUAGUCAACUUUCCUGGAGUCUGGACAAUGUAGUUUGGCCACUGUGACAUAUGUACUGAUAACCUCAUGUUUAGACUACUAUAAUGCACUGUGAACUUUUCUGACAGCUGCUUUGGAAGCUGCAGCUGGUAUAGAAUGCUGAGAUCCAGGGGGCAAGUAGUGCCCCAUAUUGGAUACACCUCAUGCCAACUGUGAAGGGAUCAACACUUACUGCCUGUUGGCUAUCAAGCCAGUUUUUAGUUCUUUGAUUGAUUGAUUGAUAUAACGCCCUAAACAGCCCUGAACCAGGCUACCUGAUGGACCUCUGCUCCAUUGCCGGGUAAAAGCAUUAAGAUCCCAGUUAGUCCUGCCACAACCUGAUGAUUGUUGGCUUGUGAUGAUGCAGCGAUGGACUUUUUAACUGCUGGCACCAGUGCUGAGGCAUGUAUACCUUGCAGAAAUACAAGAGGCCCCCAUCUGUAUUGACAUUCUACUUGCUUUAGAAGAUGCAUCUGUUUUAAUUGCUGUGCUGUUUGAAUGGAAUUGUUUGAUUGCAUAUUUUAAUCAUGGUGGUUAAGAACCUCGGGUUAAGAACUUUGCUUCAGGAUGUGAACAGAAAUUGUGCGGUGGCGGCACGGCAGCAGCAGCAGCAGGAGGCCCCAUUAGCUAAAGUGGUGCUUCAGGUUAAGAACAGUUUCAGGUUAAGAACGGACCUCCGGAACGAAUUAAGUACUUAACCUGAGGUACCACUGUAUAUAAAUUUAAUAAUAAUAAUAAUUAAUAGACUGCUAUUCAUUGUAUGGUAAUCACACAGCAGUUUCCAGAAUAAAUGUAUAAAACAUUAUAAAAAAGAAAACUGAACAAUAGUGAACAGAAUAAAAUAUGCAAAAUUAUAGCUAAAAUGGCAAAACAUAUUGACAAAACUAAAGCAUAAAUUAAAAUCAGAGCAACAAUUUAGAUUCCACCAAAAGUGGUUAAAAAAGGGAGUGGGUACCUGCUUCUAUGGCCUUCUGUCUGCAAGCUUCUCUUUAUGGCACAUAUUGAGUGAGAACCAUUAGGAGAGGAUGGGCUAGAUACUGAAAUAUAUUGAGACCUGGACUUAGUUGUCUGUUCUUCCUGCAGUUGGUAGAGGAGCAGAAUGUCCGAGGAGUGGUCACAAUGAACGAAGAGUAUGAGACUCGCUUCCUGUGUUAUUCCUCUGAGGUGAGUCCCCCCACAAGCUCCAUUGUGUCCAAGAAAAGAGGGGAUCCAACUGACAAGCUCCCUCAGAAGGGAAUAUUUAAACAGCAGUAUAGAAUGCUGUCUGAGGGGGAUAUAGGACAGCCCAAAAUCUUACUGAAUCAGAACUGCAUGUUAUGUUAUCAUAUCUGUGCAUGUUUACAUAGAAGUUGUUGGCACUCAUCUGUCUUGAGAGACAAUGGAGUGCGCCUCUGGGGGUGAAGUCAAACCGCUGCAUCAGCACCAAACUGGCCUCCCAUGGUGCGCAAGCCUCAGGCCAUGUUUUCACUGAAACGUCUUGACUUGGGCUGCAAUUAUGUGCAUGUUUACUUGGUGGAAAGGCAUGUUGAACAUAAUUGUUCAUACUUCUGAAUAAAUGCAGAGGCCAGUGGGAAUUAUACUCAGAUAAAUUUCCCCCUUUCCCCACUUAGUUACCUUCACUGUACUGCUACCUAAUUUUACCGUUUUGUCUCCCACAUUAUUUUCUUAGCCCCGUUUUUGCAGUCUUCCUUUCAGCUUUCCUUGAUAACUUUUAAUGGUGCAAUUGUAUGUGUGUCUACUCAGAAGUAAGUUCCAUUGAGUUCAGUAGGGUUCAGAAGAUAACUGCAGCCCAAAUUAGCAACUUUUUCUUGUGGCAUCUAUCCCUUGACUUUCAUUGUGCCCAAUGAAAAGGUGACAGUGGUCAUUGCCGUUCUUUUCCAAAUGGAUGAUUCUGUGUUUUCUGGGUUAAUUGCAGGAAUGGGCGGAAAUGGGUGUAGAACAGUUGCGCCUUAGUACUGUUGAUUUGACUGGCGUCCCAUCAUUGGAAAACCUGCAUAAAGGUGUUGAGUUUGUGAUGAAGCAUCGUGAAUCAGGGAACUCAGUAUAUGUGCACUGCAAAGCUGGCCGCUUUCGCAGUGCCACUAUGGUUGCUGCAUAUUUAAUUCAGGUAAGAAAGCUUCCAAUGCACUGAGAAAGUGGUAAUGGAUCAAUUGUAUACAAACUGCUUCUGUUAACCAAGAAUAAGAGAAGCGGAACUCUUCCCAGGACUGCUACUCUGCUUCCAACAUGGUCUUAAUUUAUUGGCUUUAAUUGGGGUAUAGCACUUCAUUUAGUAUUCACUGGGAGAGAAAAUGAGUAUGACUGUCAGCUUCCUUGUGACAGGGAUGGACUUGGGAGUCAUUUCCACUUCUGUAUUAAAGUUGGCAGUAUGAAUGAAAAAUGUUUGCACUUUCAAGCCCCUUGCUGCCUGGAAAGUGGGGAGAAAAUGUGUAGGAUAUUAGAUGUACAACUGGUAAUGAAAAAAUGCAUUAAUAGUAGUCUAUCCUUUAGGUUUGAAAAUAAGAUCUUUGUCUAGGCUUGUAUCCAUUCAUCAUGCUGGGAUAUUGGAUAGUGUUAAGAGCAUAUAGCCCAAAUAUAAUCAAUUAUGCUUUGAGAUUGAAUGGAAAGCAAUGCAGAAGCCAUUCUUCCGUCAGCAGGAGCAAAAAAGAGAUGGUUAAUUAUAACAGUUGUUGAGUAAUCUGCUAGAAUCAGACAAGGCAGAUUUUAGCCAACAGACUCACAAAUGACAACAAAUAUUUGGGAUUCUUUUAAGUGUGAGGGUAUUGUUUUUGAACAAUUCUCACUAUCUGUUUUUCCAUUCCAUUGCUUAAGCUAGUUCGUUCCCAGCUUAGAUAGUUUUUCAUUUGGAUUUUCUGCCUUUGCAGCUCCACCACUGUACACCUCAACAAGCAAUAGCCACAAUUCUUAAGAUACGUCCUCAUAUAAUCAUACGUGAAAAGCAAAUGAAGUUGCUAGAGGACUUUCAUACGUGUGUAACUGCUGGAACUCCUGCACAGCAAGAGCCACCAAAGAUUCAACAAGGAAAGAACAAGCCAACACACAACGUGCAGAACCAUCCACUGAAAACAUCUGGUUCCUAACAUAUUGUUUAGGGGUAGACUGUUGUCUCAGCUACCACAAAGUUUCUUGAAGCAUGAGAGCAAAGGAGAUCUGGUAGCUUCCAGCUUUAUCACUGCUAGUUGAACAUGGUUUGCCUCUACUGCUGGUCUCUAUUAUUACUUAUCUCAGUGCACCAGCAUGGGACCACUGUCAGCGCUGCUCCCUCUCAAAUACAGGCAAUUAUAAACAAGUUGUGUUGUUCCGGAAGGCCUUUAUUGAGACUUGCACCCCAAGGAUCUUACAGCAUCAACAAAUAGGUUUGACAUGAUUCUCCUCUUUUAACAUGUUCUCCCCCCGCCCAGCCCCAUAUGUCACUGAAUGAGCACUCUAAAUAUGAGGGCAAGGGUCCAAGCUUUCUGUUUACCAAGUAAUAACACAGUCGGGGAUAGCUGCCUCCUUUAUUCCUAGUUUGAUCAUAUCCAAUGCAUUGCUAAUGUUACUUUCAGUACCUCUUGCUAGAUUUGUCCUUUGUAGCCCUGAUAAAGGAGGGAGCCUUCACUUUUAUCUGCUAGCUGCAGCUCUAAGGGAUGUUUUGUACCUUGACAGAUUACUGCAGUAGAUAGCCUGCAACGUAAGACAGUACAAAUACUUCAUCUAUUUUGCAUAGGGCUUGUUGGUAAAGGGUUUAGGCCCAAGAAGCCUCUUAGCUGUGGGUUUCUGAGACACAAGAAGCUGACCAGCAGGGGACCACAGUGACAGCAGUAAUCCAGACAGAAUGCGGAUGCCACCUAUGUGUGGCUACAUUGCUGCUGCUUGUGAGCAGGAGUUGGAAGGUGGGGCAGGGAACUCUCUAAAGUAUUGUGAUCUUUUUCAAGGAGCUGGAGCUAUGGGGUCUAUACAUCUCUGAGCUGUUUAAAGGAAUGUCUUCGUUGUUCUGGCACUGCACCUUUCUUCCUUCAUGCCAACACAAAUUGCAAAUUUGUGAGUAGCACCUUGAGGCCACUGGUGACAGUCACCACAGAAGUGGCUGGAUUGAGUUUGAAGGUGUUGGCAUCUCCCUUUUUGUAACGAUCCCGGAAGAUGUAGAUGUUGCCAUUACAACUAGCAAUUUUCCAAAGAGAUGGUACUGAGCUCCAGGCAUCUGGCAAGCAGAGCCGCGUGAAGCUAUCCAACAGAGGGUUAUAGCACAGCAGCGAAUCCCCCUCUGCUACAAUGAACACCAGGUCCUUGUGCACAGCAGCAUGCAUGCGGCCUGCAAAGGGUAACACGUAAGGCUUUACAUGACACUUCUCUGUAUUGGUAUCGUAACACUGGAUAAGCCGAGAGGGCUUGGUAAAGAAAUCCAGGUCAUUCUCCUCCCCGCCUAACAAAUAAAUGACACCAUUGAGAUUUACACCUGUAGCCCCAGACACUGCAACUUCCAACUGGCUAGUCUCUGUCCAUACAUUGUCUCUUACUCUGUAGUAUAUGAUGGCAUUUGAGAGGAUGUCCUGCAGUGUCUUGCCCCCCAGUGAAUAGAUCGCAUCCUUGCUGGGCACAGAAACCAGAGUGUGUUGUAGCCUGUCGCGGGGCAGCGGGGCACACCAUUCCCAGUCUAUCGUGGUGUUGUUGCAUUUCCACAUGCGCCGUGGUAUGGAUCCUCCAACAACAUAGAGGUCACUACCAUGCUUGCAAGCUGCAGUGAUUUGGUGACACAAACUGUUCUGACCACUAACACUGAUGGAGUCAUCAUCUGCACAAUGCAGUGAGACAGCAAGAGAAUGUGUACGGGAUGACUCCUUUCCAAUCAGGUAGAUAUGAACGUUCUCUCCAAUUUCCUAAACAAUAAAACAAAAUUUCAUUAAAGUUGUGCAUAGGUAUGCAUGCAGAAAUUCAGUCAAGAGGAGGCCAAUGAUAAGUGCAAAGAAAUACCUACAGCAAAUUAGCUUGGGGUUUCACAGCUCAAAUUACUAGUAAGCUAUUCCACAAUUACCACAAUAUAUUAGGCCACUGAUAGCCGACAUGCUGGGACUGAAGUCUUUUGUGACUCUUUAAUUUUUUUUUAUUUCAUUUUAUAACCAUAAUGUAUAUAGCUUUCCAGGUCAAUGCCUGGCAUGCAGAAAGCCUCUGGUUCAAUCCAUAACAUCCCCAAGUAGAGCUGGAAAAGACUUUUGUCUGAAAUUUUGGAGACUUGCUGUCAAUCAUUACAGACAACUUCCUACAUUACGAGCAAGAUGAAAACUAGAUAAACAGUUAAGAAACGCAGGUUCAGUUACUGAAUUAUGUAGCUAGCAAGUUUAAACUAGCAUUUUCAAUUGAGUAUUUUGCAGCAGCUGAGAAGGGAAUCCAUAUAUAGGUAAUCUGUGUCCUUAGCCAACUUCCAAGGUGAGCAGGUUAUAAACAUUUCCACCCACAACCAUGAUCUUAAAGGGUUAUUUGAAGGGUGUGUGCAGAGGGGGUGAAAUUGUUGUUUGUGUCUCCCUUCUGGGCCAGCAUGGCUUGGUUUUCCAAUCUGAUGGGACUGGGAUCCUUUUGGUAGAGAGAAGAGAGAUCCCAGGGACACUUUCUCCACCCAGACCUUGUACAUUCCUGUUUAACAACUGAAAGAGGAGGGGUCGAGAACAUAAAGACUCUGACUACAGAGCAGUCAUUACCUUUCUAAACUAAUAUAAAACUCAUGCACAUUGCACCUAUGAGAAAAUCUGUGAGGUGGUGCAGGAAAAGAUGAGGACACACUGCAUGCAAACAUCAAAGUGGGUGUUCACUUUGCUUCAGGAUGGUCUGGUUUGGGGCUUGACACCUAAUACUCCAAAAAGGUGAGUGGCAGCUCUCUCUUCUGUCUCAGGGAUGCAAGGGUUGCAUAUCCUCACAUCCUUGUAUUAUAAGGAGUUACUUGAAACUUCCCCGGUAUAUAGUUUUUCUACCUGGGACCUUAACAAUGUCCUCGCAAAAUCACAUUUCAAGUUUUAUAACCAUAACCUUAAAAGUGUCUGAGCCAUAAGGUGGUUUUCUUGGUAGUUAAUUGCCUCUGCUGUAAGGAUUUCAGAGCAGAGAGCCCUGUCAUCUUGGAAAGCGCUCUGUAUCUUCCACUCAAGAUUCAAUGGCCUUCACCCUACAUUCCUUCCUAAAAGGAAUUCUAUUUUUCACAGGGCUCAGGAAGUUAAUCACCAUCAUUUUUGGCUAGGUCCUAAGGAAAAGGAGCGUCACUAGAUGUUCAUAGGCUGGUGUGAAUUUACCUGUGAUGAGCAAAGGAGUUGAGACAGUCUGAUUCUGUUUUAGCCAAGUACUUUGCAAGAAAAAAAUGUCUCCUCAACUACUCUGUUUUGAUGGAUAUGGACAUGCAUUGCUAAGUAGCUUCUGGAUCACGCUAGCAGGAGUGCUUUGACUGCUGCCUUUAGCACUAAUGCCCCUUGAGUUGACAUCUUCAGGGCAGCAAUGACCACCUGUUUUCACAUUAGUGAAGCGCUACAGGAGGAAUACGUUUGAUUCUGCUGUGUUGUCUUUUGGCAGGAAGGUGCUUUGGCAAGUGGUGCCAAGGUAGGAGGUCCCUGCAGUGGCCUCCUGGCUACUGCUGUUUUAUAUCCCAACCACAGAUCCCAUCCUCCACUGCAGAAAAACAGAACACUGGACUUACAGUGAUAAGUUCAUUUUCUGAACCACCAUAGUAGUGUAUCCAUGGUUGGGUGAAAUGAGGUUAAGAUAGUACAGUUGUACAGUAAUCUUCUGUUUCAUGGGGUAUUUUGUUUUCCUUUUUGGGUUUGCCAUGCUUUUUUUUGUUUUUUGUUACAGCUAGCUGUUGUACCUUCUGGAACUGAAAGGGCAGGGCUGAUUCUGCCUAGUGGAUCGAGUAGGAGAAGCAACCCAUCAGUGGAUCCUCCUCCACCCCCUGUUGAAAAUGAACUUACAAUUCUAUUAUCACAUCAGACUGAUUGCCACUGCUUACACCACUCUAGGGCAGCCCACGUUUCUAACUAUGGAAACCUUUCUACACUGAUAACAGUUAAGGGAGGCAGGCUGAAACACUGAAUAGACUGCUUUGUCAUUUACCUUUAAACUUGAUCGCAGUAUGUCUGAGAAACCUGCACGCUCUUCUUUAUUGAAGCCAAUCCAGGUUUCUAUGGCAGCUGCUGGAUUCUGUGAACAUGGAACCCCAUCUGUAUGGUUGCAGAUAAAAAAAAACAUGUUUAAAGUAUAAAAUUUUCAUGGCAUGGGCAUAGCAAGUACAGUAUUCCCUUUCCCCCUAACACAUACCAGGUUUAGCUGGUAUAAACAAGAGCAGGAGCCCUUGCAUGUUAGCAUUCCUAUUCUACAGAAGCAGCAAAAAUAUUUCCUGCCGAAGGCUAUCGACUUAAUGAAUUUGUUAUCUGGUAACCAUAGCCUCAACAUUAUUAACAGGACCAGACUACAUUCUCUGCUUGCCACAGUUAAACAGCUAGGCCUUCAUUUUGUCCUGCUUAAUUUUGGAUUUUUAAAAAAUAUUUUCUUGUCAUAUGACUCACAAAGAAUGACAUUUAAGAAGUGAUGCUGCAACAGACAUGAAUUUUGUUGUCAUUUUAGAAAAGCUGUUCUCCAUAACAUUUAGUAUAUUUCUUGGUGACGGUAUUGCGUACAAAGAAACUUUUAACCACGUUACAAAUCCUGACAUGUUUUAAGUUACUGCAUUGCUCAAGCAUACUGGAAAUAAUUUUAAAUAUUCAGUGCUUUCAGUACAAUCAUGUAAGUCCAGUCAAAUACAGUUCCAUUGCCUGAUUCAAUUAAGUACUCUGCUUCUAGCUCUUCAGGAUAGCAGGCCUUUGCUUCUGUGGGAAAGCUGGUUCUUGGUUAAUCCCAUUACUAGUAAUAAGAUCAGUGGCUGUAGAAACCAGCAGAAGUUAAUAGGGAUUUCAAUUGAAAAAGUGGGUCAGUAGGCCAAACAACAGAUAAAUCUUAAACUUUAUUCAGUAUUAAUGCUGGCCAUUAAGCUUGCUUUUUUCUGAGUUUCCUCUAGCUCUGAGUUCUGGCAUUAGCUGUUGCUUAAAGGGAAACUACAUACAUCAUGUGCCAUCCUGGGCUUUUUUGGGAGGAAGGAUGGGAUAUAAAUUGAAUAAAUAAAUAUUUAAGACUAAGCAAUGUAUUGUCUCAAUUCAAAUUUUUAAUAAACUUUGUAAUAUAACAUGUUACAAAUCAUAACUAAUUAUGACCCUUGUAACUGAGUAUUAAAAACUACCUGGAGUACAUAGCUG